GAUUAAUCACACAAACUAUCGAGUGAUGUGAUGUGCCUUGGAAAAAUACUCACUUGUAUAGUAAGUAUCUUAACCCCAUGUGUUUCAGUGGGGUGAAAUCUAAGUAGGUCUCCAUCUAUUUGCACGAUCUUUACUAUUUCAUGCGCUGUCUAAGUACCACGAGCACUCUCCUCGGAAUAUUACUACUACAUGUUGUAUCGAGUUCAAUGGUCGAAUCACAAUACCAGCUCUUCCUUGAAAAAAAAAAAAAAAGAAGCACCUCUGAUGAAAUAUGCACACCGGAUGGUUCAAUGAGCUGUACGCCGACUCUGCAAUCUCGUGACCGUCCAUGGUUUGAAGCUCUGUUGGCCCACCUCUUGCACAGAUACUGUUUGCCGAUAAAAAAAUAUACACUGGCUGUACGAAGUACACGAGUGCAGACCAAUAUCGAGCUGACACCAAGCCCACUGCAUUCGCUACUACAAAGUCAAGUCCCUAAUGUUCUCUCGCCAGGGCAAUCACCAUUGCAGCCUACCAAGUGAGAGAAAGACAUGUGGCACUGUGAGGCGGGGGACCAGGGUGAAUGAACUAAUUAUAUCCUGAAGCCUGCCAGGGCACGCUACUGAUGCCUAAGGCAAUAGGGCCGACAGCCUCUUCUGAGACAGGUGCGGUCAAGGGCAAAAUGGUCGGAAUGAGGAAUUCUGUGAGUUGGAAUCUUGAAAGUGAGUUUAUUUCACUGGUC